UGUGGUACUUCCGGUGAAGGGGAAAUUUUAGUGCUCGGUACUUCGCAGCCAUGGCAGGUCGCAAUAACAAUAAGUUGCCCAUGAAUCUGCCGCAGCUGCAGAACUUGAUCAAGCGGGAUCCGCCGUCAUAUACCGAGGAGUUUCUUCAGCAGUAUCGCCAUUACCAGUCCAAUGUGGAGAUAUUCAGGCUACAGCCAUCUAAGCCCAAUAAAGAAUUGGCUGAACUUGUGAUGUUCUUGGCACAGGUUGGACAUUGCUACCCUGAGUAUCUCACGGACUUCCCCCAGCAACUGAAGGAACUACUGUCUUACAAUCACACAGUCUUGGACGUAGAUCUUCGGAUGACCUUUUGCAAAGCCCUCAUCUUGUUGCGAAACAAGAAUCUAAUUAACCCCACCAGCCUGUUGGAACUUUUCUUUGAACUCCUCCGUUGCCACGAUAAAUUUUUGCGGAAAACGUUGUACACUCACAUUGUGACGGAUAUCAAGAACAUCAACGCAAAACACAAAAACAACAAAAUGAACACGACGCUUCAGAGCUUUAUGUACACAAUGCUACAAGACAGCAACCCUACUGCAGCCAAGAUAUCGUUGGAUGUGAUGAUCGAGCUGUACAGAAGGAACAUCUGGAAUGAUGCUAAAACAGUGAAUGUCAUCACCACAGCCUGUUUUUCCAAAGUCACAAAGAUAUUAGUUGCCGGCUUGAAGUUUUUCCUUGGGAAAGAUGAAGAUGAAAAAAGAGACAGUGAUUCCGAUUCAGAGGACGAUGGUCCCACAGCCAGGGACCUGAUGGUGCGAUACUCCACGGGAAGAAAAACCACAAAGAACAAGAAGAAGCUUGAGAAAGCGAUGCGCGUCUUAAAGAAACAUAAGAAGAAGAGAAAGCCAGAAGUGUUCAACUUCUCUGCGAUUCAUCUGAUCCAUGACCCCCAAGACUUUGCAGAAAAACUCUUAAAGCAGCUGGAAUCCUCAAAGGAACGGUUUGAAGUGAAGAUGAUGCUCAUGGACCUUAUUUCGAGGCUCGUUGGCAUCCAUGAGCUUUUCCUUUUCAACUUCUACCCUUUUGUGCAGCGGUUCCUGCAACCUCACCAGAGAGAAGUUACCAAGAUUCUUCUGUUUGCUGCACAGGCGUCUCACCAGCUCGUCUCACCCGAGAUUAUUCAGUCGGUGCUGAUGACAGUUGCUAACAACUUUGUCACGGACAAGAAUUCUGGGGAAGUGAUGACGGUCGGGAUUAAUGCUAUUAAAGAGAUAUCUGCCAGAUGCCCUCUGGCCAUGACAGAAGACUUGCUUCAAGACCUGGCACAGUACAGAUCUCAUAAAAAUAAAAAUGUAAUGAUGUCAGCAAAAACAUUGAUUCAGUUGUUCCGGUCCCUGAAUCCACAGAUGUUGCAGAAAAAGUUCCGGGGUAAACCAACAGAAGCCACAUCAGAAGUCAAGAUUCAUGAAUAUGGGCAAUUGGAUGCCAAAGACUAUAUUCCAGGAGCUGAAGUCCUGGAGCUUGAGAUCAAGGAAGAAGAUGGAAAACUUGAAGAAGAUGGCUGGGAGACCGCCAGUUCUGGUGAAGAGGAAGACGGUGAAGAUGGAGAAUGGAUUGAUGUACAUCAUUCCUCAGAUGAGGAACAGCAAGAGCUAGCUGAAAAGCUCCAGAGCAUGCCUGUGGAAGAACGGAAGGCCAAAGCGUCGGCCGUCAGCAGCAGCAGGCUCCUCACCCAGGAGGAAUUCCAGAAAAUCCGUCUCGCCCAGCUCAGCAAAGAACUCAAGUCUGCCCCUGGCAAGGCUGCGAAGAGGAAAAACGUCGACAUUGAGAGCAACGAGGAGCCAAGGGGAGAGCUGCUUUCGCUCAGGGACAUUGAGCAUCUUCACAAGAAACCCAAGUCGGAUAAAGAGACGAGACUGGCUACGGCGAUGGCCGGCAAGACGGACAGAAAAGAAUUUGUGAAAAAGAAAUCCAAAAUGAAUCCAUUUGCCAGCUCCACAAACAAGGAGAAGAAGAAGCAAAAGAAUUUCAUGAUGAUGCGAUAUAGUCACAACGUCCGGUCAAAAAAUAAGCGUUCGUUCAGGGAGAAACAGCUGGCUUUACGAGAUGCGCUCUUGAGACAGAGGAAAAGGCUGGUGAAAUAACUGCUGACGUGAUGGAGCCUGUUUUUCAAUCUGGAUAUCUAAAAGCCAUCUUAGGCUCUUGAAAAAUAAAAAUUGCAAAGACAGAAGAAUGUUUGGACUCUGUUAAUUGCAAUGAAAUGUCUCCACUAAAUACAUGAUGGGGAGUGGUGGCGAAAGGGAAAUGAUAUUAAUAUUUCAAGACUUUUCUAUCUUGGAUGCAUAAGGAAAAGGCAUGACUUCUCAUUUAUUAUAAUUUAAAUGUAUGUCUAAUGACAGAUAAGAACUCUGAUUUAUAUUCAUGAAAGAACUGACCAUAGGAAUCCUAUGGGUGAAAAUGGGAAUAAUUUAAGAAUAAACCUGCAAUUUUUGUGUAUAUUGGAAGGGAAUGUAACUUCUGUAUUGCUGUAAAAUAUAUUUAAAAUACUUUCUGCA